UCGGUAGGACACCACUAGAGUUUCAGAUGGAGCGCAUGCGGCAGGAGAUCGAUCGCCUAUGGUCGGCCCUCGAAGAGGAGAGGGAGCAGAGGCGGCGGGAAGUGGCCGAAGUACGUGCCGCCCUGGAGGCUGUCCAGCAGCAGGAGGACAUCGCGCUCCCCAUCGGCGCCGGAGCGGUUGGUGGACCAUCGACGAUGACCGGCUUGCUCACGGGUGAUGCGCAGCGGUCUGUAGAGUAUCUGCCGCCGCAGGCUCCGACGUCCGCCGUGUUAGCCGGUGUCUCCACACCCCCGUUCGUGACUACCCUGCUAGAGGCGGGCGCAGGGGAUCCUGUGCGUGACCAUCUGUCUCCGCUGGCGGUCGACCUGGUGGAGACUGACACAACGGACCUGCUAAGUGAGCUGCUGGGUGUCGAGGCGCAAGAGUUCGAGGAGUUUUCGAACAUGGGGCUGCAGGACGAGAAGCCGCGGGAGGAGACGCCCACAGAUGGGUCGCCGGAGGAGGUGGUAGUUGGUGAGGCCGACGGGGUGUCCGGCGGUUCGCCGGAGGCUGGUCGCGCGGAAGCCGUCCUUCUCAUCGGGGACUCGAUCCUGCACAGAACAGACGUCCGUUGCGACCCACCCCGAAGCCUCACCGUCCGGGCCAUACCGGGGUACACACUGCGCCGCUGGGUGGCUGAGGGGGUCAUGGAGGUGCGGAGGUGGUUGGAUGGCCUUCAUCCUGACACCUCCAGUGCCCAAGUAAUCCUGUGGGUAGGAGGAAACGAGGUGUACCCGAAGGACGCCAUCAAACUACCAGAGGGGAUGAAGACGCGGUUGAUGAAAGAAGUUCAGGACCGGAUCGGAGAAAUACAGAGGAUGGGAGUGCACGUCACACUCGUGGGCACCCAGCCGCGGCUGUCCCGGGAUCGGGGCCGACAAUGGGAAGAGACGCAAGCCUAUGAACUCGAGAAGUCUCUCCGCCAAAUCAAGAAGGCUACGGGAGCUGCCGUCAUCCCGCUGGGGCGGCGACUCUGUUGCCGCCACGGCAAGCGACGGGUGUAUAAGGUGGCAGAGGGGCUCCAUCUCGCGGACGGCGUACAUCUGAACAAGAGGGGCUACGGGUGCAUCAGUUUGUCAUUCCCCAAGUGGCUCCGCAUGCGUUAA